AUGAGAAUUUAGGCUUCAUCAUUCAGAUUACCUGCUCUUAAAUUGCAACCUAAAGAUUCUCAAUUCAAUCUCAGUUAUGGUGAUUACAAUCAAUCCAGUUCCUCGAUGAUCAAAUAUUAGAGUAGUCCUCAAAAUUAUUAUGACCCAUCUCCAAUAUAAAAAAGAGUACGAGGAAUGACAAUUGCCAUUUAUAAUAGCUAAGAGAAACUAAAAACAGCAGAAUUCCGUUAUGAAAGUGAUUUGAUUACUUAAACUCAACCUGUCAACUAGAGUUCUUCAGUUAUUAAUACUUUGCGUAGAUAUAGAAGCAAACUAAAAUAAUUAAUGUACUAACCUCCAAAAGAAGAUGGAGGUCUAUCUCGAGACCCAAGAAUUUUUUCUUUUAAGGAACCUACUGCCAGUAUAAGAUUAGAUCGUCCAACUAAUGAUAGAGGUGAUCAAUAAUUGAAAGAUAAAAUCACUUAAUUAAUGGGUAAAGUUAAAUAACUGUUAUCUACUCAACGGUUUUAUUAAGAACCUAGCCAUUAAGAAACCUUCUAAGUUACGAUGGUGCGUCUCAAAGAUGAAUACGAUUGUCUCUAUUAAGACUUUAAUGAUUACUAUGUGUAAAAUAAGAAACUCGAUAAUUAAGUUCUGUAAUUGUACAACCAUAUGGAAAUAAUUAAAACCCUUCUCAAACCUAAGAAACCAGUCAUGGCCAGAAAAGAAUCUGCCAUUCUUUUUGAUGAAGUUUAAUAGGAAGUCUAGAUUCCAAAAACCCCAGCAAAGAAUGAAGAAACCCCUCAAUAAUCCUAGAUAAUAGAGAUCCCACCUCAAUAACUUCAUUUAACACCCAAAAUCGCUUAGGAGUUAUCUCCUAAAGAAAGUGUUUUUACACCUCUUACAUCCAUAUAACUUAAUGAAGAUCAACCUCCUAGCGAUCUUGAGAAAGUGGAAACUAAUAAUAAUUCUCCUAGUAGUCCCAAAAAGAAACGUAUUAAAAAUAAAAGAAGUCCACAAAAAUCUUAAUAAUCUAUCCUUUUAUAACCAUCUGUAAGGGAGCUCUCUUAAUUAGAACUCAAUCCUAUAUCUUCAUUAUAGUAAUAAAUGAGUUCAAGAUCUAAAACUCUAUUGGAAGAACUCCCUUUGAAAUCUGUAAGAAGCACUAAGAGUGAACAGUUGCCAGAAAUGGAAAAACUUGAAGAAACUCCAUAAUUUGAAAAGGUUCCAUUUAAAAGAUAAAACAGUAAUUUAGGAUCACUCAACAAAAAAAGAAGCACAAUCCUCGAAAAUAAAUAGGGUAGAAGAUCAUAAAAGGGUGCAACAGCUAUCUCAGAAUAGGACGACAGUUAAUCUGAUGAAGGUGAAGAUGAAAAUCAAUUAGAAGAAAAAGUGAUUGAAAUAAAAGAAGAAGAAACACAUGAGGAAAUUUAAACUAUCAAUUAUCACUACAACAAUCUUUUAGACAAAUUAAUUGAAAUUGAAAAUAUCUAUAGAUAUCCAUUCUAUCAGACAUGGGAAUACCAUGCGGAUCAAAUAAUUCAAGGCUCUAUUUUUGGUGUAUUUGAUUUGUGA